UCCAAAUUGUUGAAAAUAAAUUUAGGAACUUUAUGUACAAUUUUGGGAAUAAAACAUUUCUAUAACUUGUGAUAUAUGUUACAAAUACAAAGAUCACAAGAAAACUGUACAGACUCCUUGAUAAUCAUGUGAGUUUAAGCUCCUUAAGGCCUUUACUUGCUUUAUUGACUCUUUAACUCUUCUUAUUCUCUAACUUCAUUUUUUGUUUUUAUAUUGUUUAUCUGUCUCCCAUGCUAGAAUGCAGGAUAUUGAUUUUUGUCUGUUUUGUUCAUUGCUACAUUAUUGGCACCUAGAAUAGUAUCUGAGAUGUAUGUACUCAAAUAUCUGAAUUGAUUAGGAUAAAAUAAUAUGAAAACUUUUCAUAUAGUAACAAUAUCAAAAAUUGUCUAAAUUGUGAUGAUAAUUUACUUCUUUCUAUUAUAAUAAAUGUACCCUAACUAGGAAUUUGAAGGGGAAAUAAGGAUCUGCUACAUGGAAUGAAGAUUAACUCCAUCUAUUCCCAUUUUAAACAAUGGGAAAAGAUAGUUUAAAAAAAAAAGAUCUUUAAAAACAUGAAUUUAUUUUGAUACAAUACUAAAAUUUUAGUUUCAGUGUGUCUUUAUUCCUAGGCUUACUGUUUAUACAAAGACAAGUACAUUCUUAAAAUUAUUAAAAUGAAACUCAAAGUAAUAAGUUCAUUCCUCUUUUUACAUGGUUGCCUGGUUUGAAAAAUCCAAGGAGAUUAUUCAGAGUCAAGGAAAUUCAAAAGAUGAAGCUGUUCUAAAUAUGAUAGAAGACUUAGUUGAUCUUCUGCUGGUCAUACAUGAUGUCAGUGAUGAAGGUAAAAAACAAGUAGUGGAAAGUUUCGUACCUCGCAUUUGUUCCCUGGUUAUUGACUCAAGAGUGAAUAUUUGUAUUCAGCAAGAGAUAAUUAAAAAAAUGAAUGCUAUGCUUGACAAAAUGCCUCAAGAUGCCCGGAAAAUACUCUCUAACCAAGAAAUGUUAAUUCUCAUGAGUAGUAUGGGAGAAAGGAUUUUAGAUGCUGGAGAUUAUGACUUACAGGUAGGCAUUGUAGAAGCUUUAUGUAGAAUGACCACAGAAAAACAAAGGCAAGAACUGGCACAUCAGUGGUUUUCAAUGGAUUUUAUUGCUAAGGCAUUUAAAAGAAUUAAGGACUCUGAAUUUGAAACAGAUUGCAGGAUAUUUCUCAACCUUGUAAAUGGCAUGCUUGGAGACAAAAGAAGGGUCUUUACAUUUCCUUGUUUAUCAGCAUUUCUUGAUAAAUAUGAGCUGCAAAUACCAUCAGAUGAAAAACUUGAGGAAUUUUGGAUUGAUUUUAAUCUUGGGAGUCAGACUCUCUCAUUCUACAUUGCUGGAGAUAAUGAUGAUCAUCAAUGGGAAGCAGUUACUGUGCCAGAGGAAAAAGUACAAAUAUACAGCAUUGAAGUGAGAGAAUCAAAGAAGCUACUAACGAUAAUUCUGAAAAAUAUAGUAAAAAUUAGCAAAAGAGAAGGGAAAGAAUUGCUUUUGUAUUUUGAUGCAUCACUAGAAAUCACUAAUGUGACUCAAAAAAUUUUUGGUGCAAAUAAACAUAGGGAAUCUAUCAGAAAACAAGGUAUUUCAGUUGCCAAAACAUCGCUGCAUAUACUUUUUGAUGCAAGUGGAUCACAGAUUCUAGUGCCAGAAAGUCAAAUCUCACCAGUCAGAGAAGAACUCGUUAGUUUAAAGGAAAAAUCAAAGUCCCCAAAGGAAUUUGCUAAACCUUCAAAAUAUAUCAAAAACAGUAACAAAGGGAAUAGAAAUGAUAGUCAGCUUGAGAUAAUUACUCCUAGCAAAAGAAAAAUGUCUGAAGCAUCAAUGAUUGUUUCUGGGGCAGAUAGAUACACUGUGAGAAGUCCAGUACUUUUCAGCAACACAUCAAUACCACCACAAAGAAGAAGAAUUAAACCACCACUGCAAAUGACGAGUUCUGCAGAGAAACCUAGUGUUUCUCAGACAUCAGAAAAUGGAGUGGAUAAUGCUGCAUCACUGAAAUCUAGACCAUCAGAAGAAAGACAUAAGAGAGAUAAUACAGACAAACACAUCAAAACUGCUAAGUGUGUAGAAAACACAGAAAAUAUGAACGUUGAAUUCCCAAACCAAAAUUUUAAUGAACUCCAGGAUGUUAUACCUGAUUCACAGGCAGUGGAAAAAAGAGAUCAUACUGUAUUACCUGGUGUUUUAGACAACAUCUCUGGAAAUAAAAUGCACAGCAAAUGGGCAUGUUGGACACCUGUAACAAACAUUGAACUAUGUAAUAACCAAAGAGCAAGUACUUCAUCAGGAGACACAUUUAAUCAAGAUAUUGUUAUAAAUAAAAAACUUACUAAACAAAAAUCAUCCUCUUCAAUAUCUGAUCAUAAUUCUGAAGAAACAGGAAAAGUGAAAUAUAAGAAAGAACGAACCGAUCAUCUCAAAAGAGAUAAAGCAGAAGUAGAAGUUUGCAAGAAACACAAUCAACAACAAAAUCAUCCUAAAUAUCCAGGGCAGAAAAGUACUGAAAACGCCAAGCAGAGUGAUUGGCCUGUUGAAUCUGAAACUACUUUUAAAUCAGUUCUCCUAAAUAAGACAAUUGAAGAAUCGCUGAUUUAUAGGAAGAAAUACGUAUUGUCAAAAGAUGUGAAUACUGCUACUUGCGAUAAAAAUCCUUCUGCUAGCAAAAAUAUGCAAAGUCAUAGAAAAGCAGGGAAAGAAUUGACUUCUGAGCUUAAUUCCUGGGAUUUGAAACAAAAAAAAAUGAGAGAAAAGUCAAAAGGGAAAGAAUUUACCCAUGCAGCAGAAUCCUUGAUAAGCCAAAUCAAUAAAAGAUACAAAACAAAAGAUGACAUCAAGUCUACAAGAAAAUUAAAGGAGUCUUUGAUUAACAGUGGUUUUUCAAACAAAUCUGUUGUACAACUCGGUAAGGAAAAAGUUCAGAAAAAAAGCUACAGAAAACUGAAGACUACUUUUGUCAAUGUUACUUCUGAGUGCCCAUUGAAUGAUGUUUACAAUUUUAAUUUGAACGGAGCAGAUGACCCUAUCAUAAAACUUGGAAUCCAAGAGUUUAAAGCUGCAGCUAAAGAAGCCUGUGCGGAUAAGUCGAUUAGAUUGGUAGGUCCAAGGAAUCAUGAUGAACUUAAAUCUUCUGUCAAAACAAAAGAUAAAAAUAUUAUAACAAAUCAUCAAAAGAAAAAUCUAUUUAGUGAUACUGAAACAGAGUACAGAUGUGAUGACAGCAAGACUGAUAUUAGCUGGCUAAGAGAACCCAAAUCAAAACCACAGCUAAUAGACUAUAGCAGAAAUAAAAAUGUGAAGAAUCAUAAAAGUGGAAAAUCAAGAUCAUCCUUGGAAAAGGGACAACCAAGCUCUAAAAUGAUACCCAGUAAAAAUAUCACCAAAAAGAUGGACAAGACAGUUCCGGAAGGAAGGAUCAGACUUCCACGAAAAGCAACCAAAACAAAAAAAAAUUAUAAAGAUCUCUCAAAUUCAGAAUCAGAGUGUGAACAAGAAUUUUCACAUUCAUUUAAAGAGAACUUGCUAGUAAAGGAGGAGAAUAUCCGUUCCAGAAUGAAAACCGUAAAGCUACCAAAGAAACAACAGAAAGUCUUCCGUGCUGAAACAGAAAAGGAACUAUCAAAACACUGGAAAAACUCAUGUCUACUAAAAGAUACUAUACGAGAUAAUUGCCUUGACUUAUCUCCUAGAUCUUUAUCUGGCAGUCCAUCAUCUAUAGAAGUAACGAGAGGUGUAGAGAAAAUAACGGAAAAGGAUUUUACUCAGGAUUAUGACUGCAUAACAAAAUCUAUAUCACCUUAUCCAAAAACUUCAUCACUUGAAUCCUUAAAUAGUAACAGUGGAGUUGGAGGUACAAUAAAGUCACCCAAAAACAAUGAGAAAAACUUCCUGUGUGCAAGUGAAAGUUGUUCACCAAUUCCACGACCACUGUUUUUGCCCAGACAUACUCCAACUAAGAGUAAUACUAUUGUAAAUAGAAAAAAAAAAAGUUCUCUGGUACUUACACAAGAAACACAAAACCAUAACAGCUAUUCAGAUGUAAGCAGUUAUAGUUCAGAAAAACGGUUUAUGGAAAUUGAAUCUCCAAAUAUCAAUGAAAAUUAUAUACAAAGCAAAAGAGAGGAAAGUCAUUCAGCAUCUUCAUUAUCCAAGUCUAGUGAAGGAAGAGAGAAAAUGUGGUUUGACAUGCCCUGUGAUGCUACUCAUGUAUCAGGCCCCACUCAACAUCUUAGUCGCAAACGGAUAUACAUAGAAGAUAAUCUGAGUAAUUCCAAUGAAGUAGAAAUGGAAGAGAAAGGAGAAAGGAGAGCAAACUUACUUCCCAAAAAACUGUGUAAAAUUGAAGAUGCAGAUCAUCAUAUCCACAAAAUGUCUGAAAGUAUAUCUUCAUUAUCAACAAAUGACUUUUCUAUUCCUUGGGAGACCUGGCAAAAUGAAUUUGCAGGUAUAGAGAUGACUUAUGAGACUUAUGAGAGGCUCAAUUCAGAAUUUAAGAGAAGGAAUAAUAUCCGACAUAAAAUGUUGAGUUAUUUUACUACGCAGUCUUGGAAAACAGCCCAACAACAUCUGAGAACAAUGAAUCAUCAAAGUCAGGACUCUAGGAUUAAAAAACUUGAUAAAUUCCAAUUCAUUAUCAUAGAGGAGCUGGAGAAUUUUGAAAAAGAUUCACAGUCUUUAAAAGAUUUGGAAAAGGAAUUUGUGGACUUUUGGGAAAAGAUAUUUCAGAAGUUCAGUGUAUAUCAAAAAAGUGAACAACAGAGGCUUCAUCUUUUGAAAACUUCAUUGGCUAAAAGUGUCUUCUGUACUACUGAUAAUGAAGAAACUAUUUUUACAUCUGAGAUGUGUUUGAUGAAAGAAGAUAUGAAAGUGCUGCAAGACAGGCUUCUUAAGGACAUGCUAGAAGAGGAGCUUCUUAAUGUACGCAGAGAACUGAUGUCAGUAUUCAUGUCUCAUGAAAAAAAUGUUAAUGUGUGAAAUCUAGUUUAAUCAACAUAUUUUAUCUAAUUAUUCUUAUCUGUGUAUAACUGAGGAAAUAAGAGUAGUCCUACAAAGAGAAAAAUAUACAUGUUACCCAAGCAAGUGUACCCUUUAUAGGAACCCUCAAAAUAAAAAAAAAGUCUUUUAAUGGAUGAGAAAGACCCACUAUAACAUGACUCCAAGCCCAGAAAACUUCUGUCUAUACACUAUUAUUUUUUAAUUUUGGAGAUGAAAGCUUCAAGAAACUUUUUGAGUUAAUUAUGCUCAUAAAAUGAGUUUAAUUAAAUUUUAUUGUGUAAAAUGUAUUAUUACAUAAAAUGUGUUUUUGAAUCAAUGCAGUUUGGGGAUGAAUAUAAUUAAAAUGUUUAAUAGCUUAGAAUUCAACUAAUAAAAAUUUAGCCACACUUACAAGGGGGAGGAAGUCCCUAAUUUAAAAUGUAUACCUGAGUGGUAGAUCAGUACUUUCAGCACACUGUUAGAAACAUUUAUUCGGUUAUGGCUCUGGCCUAAAAAAGCUACUACGUUGCCUAAAUAUGUUAAUUCAAUAUAGAAGUCCUAUUUCAUAAGCAGGCUGUUUGACAAAUACUUUUAAUCUAGUAGUCGUUGUAAUAUCUUGCUAGAUUAAUUUAUAAAAAUGAGUACACGUUUGAUUUGCUUUUAAUGAAGUUGAAAUAAAAGCUUAUGUCACUUGAAUAAAUAUAAAUCAUUAUAUUCCUA